GUUUGUCAAAAAAGAAAUGAAAUACAUAAUAUUACCAAAAUCUCUUAUAAUUUAAAAUAAAUAUGUAAUCGACAGUUCCAGAAUAAACUACAUAAGAUAAUUUUGGUAAAAUGUCAUUUUAUGAAUUAAAAAUUCUUGAGGGCCACAGUGUUGUAUAGUAUAUUUCUUGGCUGCUUUUCUUUGAUAAAUGACAUGUUGAGUGUUGUUACCUACUUGGUUGCUAUAUCAUUCUGGGUUGUUAACUACUGAGGAAGGCUUAUAUGGUGGCUUGCUAUUUCAUUAUGGGCUUUUAACAACUGAGGAAGGCUUAUAUGGUGGUGGUCACUACGGCCAAAAUGGUUGGUUUCAUCUUUAUACUCAAAUUUCUCAACUCUUUUUUCUUCUUGUGUGCUCUUUACUUUUUUCGAUCACAUUUUUCGUUUUCUUGACUGGUAUGUAUCCUUGAUUCUUGGAAUUCAUGUUCAAGACAAAUUCUUUUUCUCAAUAUUAUUUCUGGGUUCCUUUUUUUUCAUUUUUUUUUAAUUCUCCAAGAUUUUUUUUAGGGUGGCAAACCAAACAGCGAAAUUUCGGGAUUCACUGUUGCAUGGGAAAGAACUUCCUUCACCGAUGAUCAUGGAUGCUGUUUCGCCUAUGUGGAAGAACAUGGGCAAGAGUCCUUUGUGGGGUUUGUUCAAGAGCCCAAGGGAAAUUUUCAAGAAAGACGAAUUAGGUAUUGAGAUAGCUCAAAUCGCAUUACCCGCAGCUCUGGCUCUAACCGCGGACCCCAUCGCUUCUCUCGUUGAUACCGCAUUUAUCGGCCAUAUUGGUCCCGUGGAGCUUGCAGCUGUGGGAGUUGCUAUUGCUAUUUUCAAUCAAGCAUCAAAAGUCGCAAUAUUUCCUCUGGUCAGCAUAACAACUUCUUUUGUCGCCGAAGAAGAUGCUAAAACAAAUUCAAAGGGUGAAGAAUAUCAAAAUAUUGAAAUGGUGGAUAAACAAUCUGCAGUAGAUAAUGAAAAAGAAGAGAUGAUUCCAAAAUCGGAAAUGAAUAGUGGUGGAGUCAACAAAAGACAUAUAUCAUCAGCUUCAUCGGCAUUGAUUAUCGGUGGGGCCCUCGGGCUAAUCCAAGCUUUAAUCCUCAUUUGUACUGCGAAGCCACUAUUAAGUUUCAUGGGUGUGCAAUCAGAUUCUCCUAUGCUAAAACCAGCACUGAGGUACUUAACAUUGAGGUCACUCGGUGCUCCAGCUGUCCUCCUCUCAUUGGCCAUGCAAGGUGUCUUCCGAGGUUUAAAGGACACAAAAACUCCUCUGUAUGCAACCCUGGUUGGAGACGUGGCGAAUAUAAUAUUGGAUCCAAUAUUCAUCUUCGUAUUCGGUUUCGGUGUAAGCGGUGCAGCGAUUGCACAUGUCAUCUCUCAGUACUUGAUUACGUUGAUACUCCUGGUGAGAUUAAUGAAAGAAGUCAAUCUCUUACCUCCAACUGUAAAAGAACUGCAACUUUCUCGGUUUCUCAAGAACGGUUCUCUGCUAUUAUUCAGAGUUAUAGCUGCAACUUUCUGUGUGACAUUGGCAGCUUCAUUAGCUUCGAAACAGGGAUCAACUUCCAUGGCUGCUUUUCAAAUUUGCUUGCAGGUUUGGUUGGCUACCUCUUUACUUGCCGAUGGAUUAGCUGUGGCUGGUCAAGCUAUUCUGGCAAAUGCAUUUGCAAGGAAUGAUUAUGAAAAGGUCACGGCUACUGCUUCUCGUGUAUUACAGUUGGGCUUAAUUCUUGGACUGAUACUAUCCAUCGUUGUCGCAAUUAUAUUACAAUUCUCGUCAACACUAUUUACAAAGGAUGUAAAUGUUCUUCGCCUUCUACAACUAGGCAUUCCGUUUGUGGCAGUGACUCAACCGAUUAAUUCAUUGGCUUUUGUUUUCGAUGGAUUGAACUACGGAGCGUCUGAUUUCGCUUACUCAGCUUACUCCAUGGUUUCAAUCGCGGUAUUGAGUAUAGUAUGCUUGUUCGUGCUAUCUUCGAGCAAUGGUUUUGUUGGUAUAUGGUUUGCAUUAUCGAUCUUUAUGAGUUUACGAGCAGUGGCUGGAUUUUUGAGGAUAGGGACAAGGACAGGACCGUGGAUAUUUCUUCGUGGGGGAUUAACGCCCGUCGGUUAACAGGCUACGAAAAAAUACUAAGGGAAGAAAAAGAAAAACGGGGGCACAACCCGUUAACCCCGUAAGUUCUUUAGUCCACACGUGUAUGAAAUCCUGACUCGGCUAUCGACAUCAUCCGUGUACUCUAGAACCCAAACUUUUUAGACAUGGGGGAAUCCAUUGAUGCUUGAGGUUUCCCAUGCCUUGUAAAAAUAUACACCAAAAAUAGCACUAAACAUCACAUGAAAUGAAUAAAGUGUAUUCAAGAAAGUAACAUAUAUUUCAAGCAAUAGUAAA